GAAAGCAAGAGCAGCACCACUUGAUCACUCAUAGCCCACGUUCCCACUCUCAAUCCCCAAAUUCUAAAGAUUUCUAACAAAAAUAUAUAUAAAUCAAACCAGCUCUGGAAACAUACACAAGACACAAACACAAGACGUGCUCACAAGACAUCACACACUUCACUCUUUCCUCUUCUCCUUUAGAUAUCUCAAGUCACAUCUCAUAACUCAUAACCAUAUAUAUAUGGUUCUUGAGACUCUCAACUCUCCUACUUCCGCCACCGCCGCCGCUCGGCCUUUUCUCCGGUAUCGCGAAGAAAUGGAGCCGGAGAAUCUGGAGCAGUGGGCUAAAAGAAAACGUACCAAACGUCAACGUUUUGAUCACAAUCAAGAAAAGACUCCUUCCGAAGAAGAGUAUCUAGCUCUUUGUCUCCUCAUGCUUGCUCGUGGCUCCACCGUAAAAUCUCCUCCUCCGCCGUCUCUCCCGUCGUCGGAUCACCGUGGUUACAAGUGCACGGUCUGUGGAAAGUCUUUUUCCUCUUACCAAGCCUUAGGUGGACACAAGACCAGUCACCGGAAACCGGUAAACACUAUUAACGGUCCCAGUGCCCAAGAGCCGUCUAAUAAGACUCACGGUAACAGUAACGGCGGUUCCAUUGUUAUUAACGGUAACGGUGUAAGUCAGAGCGGAAAGACUCAUACAUGUUCUAUAUGUUUCAAGUCGUUUUCGUCUGGUCAAGCCUUAGGUGGACACAAACGAUGUCACUAUGACGGUGGCAAUAACGGUAACGGCAGUAGCAGCAACAGCGUUGAAGUCAUCGGUGGUAGUGACGUCAGCGAUGUAGACGAUGAAAGAUCUUCGGAACAAAGCGCUAUAGGCGGCCACCGUGGAUUUGACUUAAAUUUACCGGCUGAUCAAGUCACGGUGGUGAUUUCUUAACGUUGACUCCGGUUGAGAAAAAGUCAACUUUCAAGAAUGGGGAUAGUGGACGCAAGACUAAAGGGCCGGCCGUUUCUUACCAGCUGCUUCAGCUUGACUGACUCUGUAAUGAAAAUGAUUGGAGUGGACUUGCACAAUUGCAGACUUUCAGUUGCAUUAUUAUUAUUUUUAAAGAGAAAUAUUUAUUCCUUGUUGGAUUUGUUUAUAGAUAGAGGAAACAAUUGGGAUACUUCAAUAUUUUUCUUUAGAAAAUAAUAGAGAGAUGGAUGAUUGGAUCGUACACGUUAUUUAUUUAGUGGACUGUUCUGUAAUACUGAAUUUUUAUUUAUUUAUUUUUCGUAAACUAUACUUCAUUUGAUUCCGCAA